GUUUGUGCUUACUCUUUCGUCAAUGCACUAAAUUGUCAUAUGUCCUCUAUUUUCUACGGAUCUUGAACGCAGCUCUUCGUUAAGCUAACGUUAGCGCUUCCUGCAGUGCUAUGAGUUGAGGAAGACCGAAGUGGUGGGAAUGCAGCCUCCGCUCCCGCCUGAGGCCGUCAGAGAGCUGGUGGUCUCCUGUCUGCACAGAGACCCGGUAGCAGCCGACCUCCGCUGCAGCCUGUUUGUCGCUGCUGCACAGAGCUACAAGAGGGACUCUUUGCUCAGACCCUUCCCCCCGAGAUACAUAAGUGGUGACAACAAGAACUUUGAGGAGCUGUUGGCGGAUGUGCAGUCUUUGCCCGGUGUGAGAGAGUUGGUGCGACUACGAGCCAGAGACGGAGAUCAUCAUCUGGCUCUCACACACUGGAUUCUCUCUUCAAAGAGCUUUGCUGUAAAGACGCUGCAGAAAGACGAGUAUGCCAAACUCUGUGACCUGACGGACAACGAUGGGCUUUCUGCGCCUGUGCCCGACUUCCUGUUUGAGUUGGAGUACUGCGAUCAGAUGAACGCCAGGUUUGAGAAGACGAGGGAAGGUAGAGACGUCUUCUAUGCAUUCCACGGCAGCCGCCUGGAAAACUUUCACUCGAUCAUUCACAAUGGGCUGCACUGCCACCUCAACAAGAACUCCGUGUUUGGAGAGGGGACGUACCUCACCAGUGACCUCAGCAUGGCUGUCCUCUACAGCCCGCACAGCAGCGGCUGGCGGGAAAGUCUUCUGGGUCCACAGCUGAGCUGCGUGGCCAUGUGUGAAGUCAUCGAUCACCCGGAUGUUAAGUGCCAGGUGAAGAAGAAAGAUUCUGAGAUCAUUGACCGCCAGCGCUCCAGAGCAAGGAACAGCGAAGGAGGGGACGUACCGCAGAAGUAUUUUGUAGUCACCAACAAUCAGCUUUUGCGAGUAAAGUACCUGCUUGUGUACUCUCAGAGGAAGCACCUGUCUAGACGUUCCCGAAGCACCUCCUGGCUCCUCAGACAUCAUUUUGCAAUCAUGAUGAGUCUCUACUUUCUGCUGCUCAUAUUCAUCGGUGCCUUUAACUCCACCACCUUUGUUUCCUUUUGGAGCCGACUGUUUAGGUGACAAGAAAAACCGUUCAUUAUCCGCAGUGCCUUCCUGAUCCGAGAGGAGCAAAGAUGAAGCUGUAUGCGCCUUUUUCUAUACAGACUUUUCUCCACCAUCAUUCUUGCUCCUACAAAAAAAAAAAAAACGUCCAUCCAUCCAUCUGCAAACCACUUAUCCACGACAGUGCUAACCACCACACCACCGUGCCGCCCUACAAAAAAAAAAAAACGUAAUUACUGAUAUUCCAGGAUAAAAUGUUUUUAACUGGCAAAUAGUGGGAUGAUUUAUUGUGUUAAGUCUUCUUAUUUUUAUGAAAUUCUGCGUUAUGAAAAUCUUCAGCCGUGAUUUGUUUAAGUAAACAUCCUGUUUUAUUGCUACGCUUUGUUGCUUUGCUUUAAGAUCUCUUUUUGGUCUGUCAUGUGUUAAAGUGUGUAGGAUUUGGCAGCGUUUGGUGGUUGGUUGCAGAUUGCAAAGCAAGUGCAACUUCUGCCGGUUGCCAAGGGCGACGUUUGUUUGUCCUUUUACAGGCUCCGGUAGAAACAUGGCAGACGGCUCCACGGAGUAGAUCUAAUCCGUAUGUUGAUAUAAACGACUAGUUCUAAGGUAACAAAGACACAAUGAUUUUUAUUGAAAGGAUGUUGUACACUAAACAAAAAUGCUUUAUAAUUGAAUAUUCCAUUGCUGCAAAUCGACAUUGACAAACAGACCACAGUGACUCAUUCAUGUCGCUGAGGGCUAAUGGCGACGUCCCAGUUUAAAUUAUUUAUAUGAUUUUGCUUUACUCAUUUAUGGUAGGCACCUUUUCUCUAUUACAUGAAGUUAUUGUAAUUUUAAGGCAUUGAAUAUAACUGUUAGAUUUAAUGAAGGAAAAAGAUUUUUUGUGGUUCUCACAUACUGUGUUUAUAAUGAUGGUUCUUAAAAAGGCUACUAAUAACCCGUAAUGAUUUAGGAUACACUUUUAAAUCCUUAUAUUACGUUAAUUUAACUGUCCACUGAAAGGCUGUAGGUCCUGAACAUUUGUAAGAAUAUGAAACCCAAAUAAAGCAAUACUUUUGAUGUAA